UGGAGGCAGCGUCGCUCCUCGGGUCAAACCCCCGGUGCAGAGUCGUCUCCUCCCGGCUGUGAUGCAGCGGAUCGUCGGCCUCGCUGCCGCCCCGGAGCUCGGUGGCCUGGCCGGGUGCAGGUCCGGGUCCAGGCCGGGGUUCUGGGCCUGGAGGACGGGCAGGAGGACGGGCAGACAGCCGGUCCUGCAGCCGGUCCUCCAGCGUCCUCUCACCGGGGCUGCAGGCCGGGAGCUCUGCCGGAGAAGGGUCGUGUUUGUCGGUCAGAAUCUCCGACUUUUCUGCUCGCAGCCCGGAGCCCAGGGACCGGGACCGGGGCCGGGGGGCUCCGGACCCCCCAGGCCCCCCAUCUCCGUGGUGGGCGUCCCGGACCCGCUCACCUGGAUCCGGUGUAAGGUCCUGAUGAUCCUGAUCCAUGUGAUGUUCGAGCUGGACCUUCACUCCGAGGAGUUCCACAGAGGAGUGAAGCAGGCUUUGGUCCACGUGUCCGAUGUGAUGUCCAGUGGACGAUACCAUCAACUGAGAGGGAUCGUGUCCAGUGAGAUGGUCGAACACAUCGAGGAGAGCUGCAGGUCCCUCACUGAAGAGCAGAGACAGCAGCUCGCCGUCAACGAGGAGGAUAUUAUAUUUCUGAUUCCUGAAGACGUGUCUGUUGUCUUUGAUCAAUACGGUAGAAAGUUCUGCUUCGUGGUCAUGAGGUUCUGGUUCCUGUCGGCUCACGAAGGCCCCGAGGACCCAGAGGCCUCAAACAUCUUCAGAGUGGACUCCAGUGAAGACGGCAGCCCACAGAAGAAGAUCGCCACCGCUGUCUAUGAAUUCCAGCGAGAGCUAACGAGGGGGGCGUCGCCCGACUGGACCAUCACCACAGUUUGGCACUGGACCCUGGAGAAAUGAUUCAACUCCAUGAGGACAUUUCUCACUUAACUUAUGAAUGUGUGAAAGGCGACGGACAGAGUGAGCUGCAGACUGAAGAGCCACAGAGCUGAAGCAGUGAAGACACCUGAAGACUUCACCUGAAGACUUCACAUACACCAACCAGUCCUCCUACUCAAAGUUCAUCCUGUGAUCUCCCUCGAUGCCUUUUAAAGACGUUCCUCUACUGAUUUUACAGGUGAAAUAUCUUUGCUUUUAGCUGAGCUACAUGGACGGAAUGAUAAAGUCAUUGGAGAACGAGUUAAACUCCUAUUUACCUCAAAGUCUCUGAAUGUGUUGCCAAAAAAAUAAAAUUUGAAA